AUAUGGCAUGCUUUUGUUACAGAUAUUGCAAUGUUUUCCCUCACAAUAGACAAACUAGAUUUAAAGAAAGAAACAAACAAACAAUGCAUGCUCUGUAAAAUCCAGCCAUUGUCUCUUUUACGAAGGAAGACAAUGAUAUCAACAGAACACUCGUUUCCCCCCUGUAGAGGCGCUUAAACUGCAACAGAGUCCUUGUCAAGAAGCCCAUCCCCAUUGCCCAAAUAUCCCAGACCAGUGUGUGCGCGCGCUUCCUGCCGAACGGACUUCGCGGUGAAUGCGCCCCGGCCUUUAUGACGCGCGCCGCCGCUCACGUUUGAGGAGAACCCCCAGACUUCAGCGGCACCGUAGUCCACACUAAAACGACGCGCUCGUUCCCUUAUGACGCGUCAAUCCGGAUUUCAGAAUGACACUCUAGAACACGUCUCGAUUCGAAUUCGGCUGGAACGCGGCGGUUCGAGAAUCCGCUCUGCGCUGUGAGGGAAAUGGAUACGAGCAUGUUCGUUUCCUGCAGACGGACAUAAGUUUUGCCUCAUUUAUCACUCGAUCUUCACUCGUCUAAGGGGAAUAAACGGACUGACGGGCCGGGGGGCAAAAAAUCGUUCGCUUUCAUUGUGAGGAAGAACUGCGAUUUUAUUCGUGCAAACGUCUUCGUGACUGUCCAUUUAUUCAGUCUCUGUCUCACUACCAACGGUGCUCCCGAAGCCUCUGUUUUCACAAUGCAGUUUCGGACAGUUUUGGAUGUAAAAGUGGUGGAUGUGGAGAAGAGGAGGAAUCCAUCCAAACAUUACGUGUAUCUCAUUAAUGUCACAUACUCUGACUCCACAUCCCACAUCAUCUACAGAAGAUACAGUAAAUUCUUUGACCUUCAGAUGCAGAUUCUUGACAAGUUCCCAAUCGAGGGAGGGCAGAAAGAUCCCAAAAAACGGAUUAUCCCUUUUCUUCCAGGCAAAAUCCUAUUCCGACGAAGUCAUGUGAGAGACGUGGCCAUGAAAAGACUACGCUUUAUUGACGACUAUUGCAGAGCGCUGGUCCGGCUUCCACCCCAGAUUUCGCAAAGCGAGGAUGUUCUCCGCUUCUUCGAGACCAAACCAGAUGAUAUCAGCCCUCCUGUAGAGGAUUAUGGAUCCAAACGCAAGUCAGUUUGGAUGUAUGGCCUUCAGGACAGUCCAACCAAGUCUGAGGCCUCAGGACUGGACAGCAGUGAGCCCAUGGUGCUGGAGCAGUACGUGGUGGUGGCCAACUACGAGCGGCAGGAGAACUCGGAGAUCAGUCUGAAGGCUGGAGAGACGGUGGACGUGAUCGAGAAGAGCGAAAGCGGCUGGUGGUUUGUCAGCACUGUUGAAGAACAGGGCUGGGUUCCUGCCACGUACCUGGACUCUCAGAGCGGCACCAGAGAUGAUCUGGACCUGGGAACAUCUAGAUCUGGAGAAGUUACUAAGAGACGUAAGGCUCAUCUGAAGAGGCUUGACCGGAGAUGGACACUAGGGGGAAUAGUCAACCGCCAACAGAGCCGAGAGGAGAAAUAUGUGACUGUCCAGGCGUAUGGCAGUCAGGGAAAGGAUGAGAUCGGGUUCGAGAAAGGAGUAACCGUGGAGGUCAUCCAGAAGAACCUGGAGGGAUGGUGGUACAUCAGGUAUCAGGGUAAAGAGGGCUGGGCCCCAGCCUCAUACCUGAAGAAACUGAAAGAUGACCUUUCCCCAAGGAAGAAGACUCUGACUGGGCCUGUGGAGAUCAUAGGAAACAUAAUGGAGAUCAGCAACCUCCUCAACAAGAAGGCUGUAAGCGAGAAGGACAUUCAAACUGAUGGCGAGGCCACCAGCCCUGAACGCCACAUUUCCAAAAGUGAAAUCAGUUUACCUAUCCAAUAUGCCCCAGAGGCUGGAGUGGCACCCACGGUGGUCACUGGUUUGGGAAUGAACUCUGGAUCUAGCGCCACCCUACAGGAGAACAAGAGCAGGGCAGAGCCGGGGUCACCUGCCGUAGCGAGGGUGGCACCACACAGAGUUGAGAUAGGAUUUGAUGCCAUAGGAUCUCCAAACCUCAGACAGAAACCUCCUCCUCGAAGAGAUACAAAUCUGGCAUUUCAGUUGCCCAAACCUCCAGAGGCCCCUACUGUGGAAGCGGAGUACUACACCAUAGCAGAGUUUCAAUCCAGUAUCUCAGAUGGCAUCAGUUUCCGUGGAGGACAAAAGGCUGAUGUCAUAGAGAAGAACUCUGGUGGUUGGUGGUAUGUCCAGAUCGGGGAAAUGGAAGGCUGGGCACCCUGCUCCUACAUUGAUAAACGCAAGAAGCCCAAUCUAAGCAGGCGAACCAGUACACUCACCCGUCCCAAAGUUCCACCCCCUGCUCCACCAGUCAAAAAACAGGAUUCUGAGGAAUCACCUUCUCUGGUUGGCUCUGCCUCCAAAGCUCCAGAAUCCCCCACUCAGCGCGUCUAUGAGGAGCCGGAAUAUGACGUUCCUGCCAUUGGUUUUGAAUCCGAUCUGGACAGUAAUCCUCCGAAACCGAAAACAAAUAAUUCCCCCAAACCAGAGCCCCGCAAGUUUGAAAUUAAAAGCAAUCCAGCAGCUGCCGAAAGGAUCGCACAGGCUGGAAAAGCGUCACCUUUACUAAAAGUGAUGACCUCCCCCUUGAGGAAAAGAAACUCAUUAGAGGAUGUCAAUAGGGAGGAAGUGAUCUAUGAAAACGAAGGGUUUAGGUUUUCCUCUGAUGACUUUGCCAGUGGUUGUGAUUCAGAUACACCAAGGAGUCUCACAUUGGGUCGCAAACCUUUCGGGUCCUCUUCUGGAGGAGGGAAGCCCCUACGGAAAGUAACGCCGGAUCUAAGCCGGAGCCACUCUCUCGGUCGUGCUGAGAGACACAGCCCCAAGUCGUCAUCAGACGAAUCAGGACGCAAUCCCAAAAGAGAGCCCGUCAUGCGUAAAGAUGUGGAGAUCCGGAUUGGCCAGAGUCCUUUAGCCAGGCCCAAACCAGUAGUGCGACCUAAGCCUUUGCUUACAAAGUCGGAGCCACAAAGUCCAGAAAGAAUGGACAUCAAAAGCCUACGUCGCCAGCUUCGGCCCACGGGAAGUCUUCGGCAAGGGGCGGUCCGUGCAGUACGCGGUGAAGAUUCUGAGACGGCUUCCAUUGUGUCCUCAGAGGAUUCCAUCUCCUCAAGAAGUACCUCCGAUCUCUCCAGCGUCUAUUCCAAAGGUAGCCGAGGUGGGGAAUCCGACCAUGAAAGUUCGAUCUACAGGACCACAGAUGCCUACGAACGAGCCCAAGAGUCAGAGGUCAGCUUCCCAGCCGGUGUGGAUGUUGAGGUGCUGGAGAAGCAGGAAAGUGGAUGGUGGUAUGUCCGUUGGGGCAAUGAUGAGGGUUGGGCACCUACUUUCUACUUGGAGCCAGUCAAGCAUACCCAUAACGUCGGGGUUCAAGAAUCCCGCGACGGGCCUCUUGUGGAGCUCGGUAGCACCAACAAGUCCAACAGCCUCGAGAAAAACGAGCAGCGUGUUCAGGCCCUUAACAACCUCAACCAGCAGAACCUGAGGAGUAUGAGCAACCCAAGCCCACCAAUCCCAUCCAAACCACCUGGGGGAUUCAGCAAACCAACCGCAAUGCUGAACGGUUCAGGCAUACGGAUGCGGAACGGUGUCCGUCAGGCAGCAGUGCGACCGCAGUCAGUGUAUGUGUCUCCCCCACAGCCUCUGAAGGACACCAACAUCCAUACAGGGUCUUUGAGGAGAAAUGAAUCACUGGGUGCUGGCGACCACUUGAGGUCCACAGGAGUAAGGCGAAACUCCUCCUUUACUGCCGUUCGACCGCAGCCAGUGACCGAUGUGCGCGUGAGGGCUGGGACCACCAUUACAGCUCCCGUCGGAAGUUCAAGCCCCUUGAUUUCCCAGAGAAAUGGAAUUCCGGUCUCUACAGUAAGACCCAAGCCCAUCGAGAAGACGCACCUCAUUCACAACAACCUUCGAGAGGUUUACGUAUCUAUUGCCGAUUACCGUGGCGAUGAAGAGACCAUGGGUUUCUCGGAGGGCACUAGUCUUGAAGUUUUGGAGAAGAAUCCAAAUGGAUGGUGGUACUGCCAGGUUCUCGAUGGCUUACAGGGACGUAAAGGCUGGGUACCGUCUAACUACCUGGAGAGAAAAAAGUAAUUCCCCAAAAGUGUUUUAAACAUGCACAAUUGUAAUCAAAACGUAAAAAGACGAACCGAACCGACUGAAGGACUUUUGGUUUGAAAAGAGCCUUUUAGAAAGGAGUUUACAUUAAAACUAGAGUAAUGCAGGUGAAUGUUUAGCAAAAUACCUGCCGAAACUUUAUGCCAAAUGGGUGCCUUCUUACAUCUUUCACUGAAUGUUAAGAGGAAUUGGUCAAAUACCAGUGAAGCAACGAAAAUACCAAACUUCAACUUAGUGCCAUAGGCCUACAAGUACUGAAAGCAACAAACUUAUUUUUGUUACAACGUUGAAAAGAGAUAACGAUAAUUUCAGCAAAGAUGCAUAACAAAAUGUGCAAAUUCAAUCUUAAGCACUCAAAAACAAGAAAUUUCUGUUAAAAAUGUUUUGAACGAAACGUUGAGUGCAUUCAAAAAAACAAAGCAUAACUUUGAUUGUCGUUUUUUUUAAAACGUAUAAUUUUUUUUUUUAGAAAAUGUUUUGUGUUGAUGUUUUUUUAAUCUUCCUUAGAGAUGUAUUUCUGCUUUCUUGUAACAUCCUAACCCAUCAGAACAUUCACUGACUUACUUCCCGUCCUGAUCAGUUGUCGUAAAUAAUGACGGAUCAAUCUCUUUUGUCUUCCCCAUUCUAUAAAUUUUCGCAGGCCAAAAUGAAUAAAACGUGUUCAAGUAAAACAGUCUGUGAAAGCUAUAUGCAUAGAUCACCUCUUUAUUGGGUUUAAACCCAAGUUUAGUUUACAAAGUGCAUCUGGUCAUGUUAUGAGGAGAGGACUUUAGAUAUUGCUGCUCUGUGCGUGCUAAGUCAUGAAAUUAGGACUGGAAAAUCGUAUGUUUUGCUCAGCAUUUUAUCCCAGGGAAGUAGUAACAUAACAUUGAGCCGAAAAUGUAAUCACACCAAAGAAGAAUUACAGACACAUUUAUAUUUAUUCGUAUGGGUACAAAUACAGUGUAUUCGACAAAACCUAAACCAGGUUUCAGAACAGAGAACAAAGUAUAUUUAAUUGUUAUAUCUGGGAGCACUUGAUUUUUUUUUUAACCCAAAGAAAAGCACAUUAAUAUGCAAGGUUAAUUUGUACGUUAUGAUAUUGCUGGGCAGUAUUGAAUCUUAAGUUUCACAAUAAGCAGUUUAAACUUCUAUAAUUUAAGAAUAGGGCUUCAUUUUCCGCCAACCGAUAUCCAAAAAAAUCUUAGUCCAUAGUCCAAUCAUUUUUUUUCUUUUUUUACACGUCUGAGCUCAGAAUGAUUACUUCUCCCUGAUUCAGUCAUUUAAUACUCAUUAAUAACGGCAUCAAACAGCUGAUGUUCAAGACUGCUGAAAUAUUUUUCUAAUGAAUAGUGUGAGCUCUUAAUUGGGUUUCGCACUACUUUGAUUUAUUUUUUUUCUGCUGGACAGUAUUUUAGUGUUAAACAGUUAAAACAUUAAUUUCCUGCUAGAUUGCAGUUAUAUUCUAUUAAGCAGAAAGUUGUUUAUUUUGUCUUGUUUGUUUGUUUGUUGGUUGUUGUGUGAUCACACAUGGACAAUAAUGAUGAAUGAAGUCGUUCAUUUGUUGUGAAUCAAUGCAACUUUUUCUUGAAUGCAUUGGUUAAAAGAUGCAGUGUACUUCAUCAGCAUAUAAUUUAUUUAACAACAUUUUGGUUGUAUUUAUUAUUUAAUUAAACAAAGUUUUUUUUUAUUGUCAUUUGACACAUGUGAUACUCUUGGUAGUUCUGUAGUAAUUGGCUACUACUAUAUUUUAAGGGUUUUUUUUUUCCUACAAAGAUGAUUUUUUUAAGGACUUUAUUACUCGUACUCUUGAAAUUAGAUUUUUUUUAACUCAUGGGACCAUUUCCCCCAUGUUUUUCCUCAAUAUUUAUCAACCAAGCUGAAAGCUGCACCUUUAGCAACUAUGGACACUUCUUUUCUCGUUAUUGAGCCACAUAAUGCCUGAUUAUUUAAGCAAAAAAUCAUUUACUCUUAUUUUAAUAUCAUCAUACCAAUUAAAAAACAAACGACCUUACAAAAAUCUGAAUGAUAAUCAAUCAAUCCUCCUAAUUAAAAGCCAGCAUUAAAAUGGGAAUGAUCAAGUGUUAUGGAUGGAUCCCAGUUUUAGUUAUGGAUCCCAAAUUGUGACUGGACCAAAUUUGAUUUGAGUGUUUCUUUUAAAUGUUAUCUUAAAUAUAAAGAAACAGCAAUAAUGGAAUUUUAAAGUUCUAAUUUGGGUGAUUGUUUUUUUUUUAUUUAACGUUUAAAUUUGAACUUGAAAAUGAAAACUCGCAAUUGCAACUCUCCUUUGACGAUGGCAUUAUAUAAAUGUGUCGACUCACUACAGCGAGCAGCUUGUGAUGGAUGUUUCUAAGCUCCAUUAACACUAUGCUUUUUCUUCAUUUGCGCCUAUAGAAUUUACAAGGGAACUGUUAAGUGUCAAACUAGUUCUUAUCUCAUUACUUGUGUAUCUGCUAGCUUUGUUUUGUGUUCUUUAUUUAUUUAAUUUUUCAAUGCGUUUUUCAGGAACAAUGUUGUGUUUUGCUAUUUUUUCUUCUUUCUCCUGUUCACUUUUGACAUUACUCAGAUGGAAUGAGGAAAUGUGCAAUACAAAAACAGGCAUCUCAUUAGUUAAGAACCAUAGUAUUUGGGGAAAAAAAAAAAAAAUCUUUUUUUUACUUUUCAUGACAAUUUUAUGUCACCUAAUGCCUGGUUUUGUCCCAUAGUGUUUUUUUUGUUUUGUUUUUUUAAAUCCUUCGAGUCAAAAAAGUGCCGCUCAAUAUGUGUUCAUAUAUCCCUAAUAGAUUGACACCUUCAGUAAUUUCUGCAUUCACACUCUUUACGCACUGAACCAUAUCUUGCUUUAAGGGGUUUAGUGACCUCUCAGACCCAUGGUGAAUCAGUAUGGAAAUAAUAGGGAAGCAUGGGCAUAUCUUAUUCUCAGAGGCAUUUGUCAGUUCAGCCUGUUGAAUCACAAAUCUGAGAUGGUGAGGCAAAACCAUCAACAGCCAUACUGUAUGAGCGACGCACCACACACUGCCAACUGCUCGACAUGUCUCUUUGACAUCCACCACUACAGUACAUUGCACCAUUGCAAUGGCAAACACGACUUCUCUAUCCUAAUUCCAAUUGCCCACAACAAGGACUAACAUUGUCUGUUUCCUUUUUAAAUGUUGCUUAGCCUACUAACAAAAAUGCAUAAUUUUACUCUGAAAGUCCAGGUUUAAUUUUCCACACCUUAAAAUAACAUGGACUGCAUAUAUUUGCUUUUCUUUCUGUCUGAAGUCAUGAAUAUCUGAACUUUUACGCAUUGGAACGCAUGUACUGAGAGUUUUAACAAAUUUCACUUUAGUUAAAAAUGAGGAGAGUUAUAGAAGACUGUCUUGGAGUUUCU